AGCAGUUGAGAGAUGGCGGCCGCCGCAGGUAGAUCGCUCCUGCUGCUCCUCUCCUCUCGGGGCGGCGGCGGGGGCGCCGGCGGCUGCGGGGCGCUGACUGCAGGCUGUUUCCCCGGGCUGGGCGUCAGCCGCCACCGGCAGCAGCAGCACCACCGGACGGUACACCAGAGGCUCUCUUCCUGGCAGAAUUUGAGAGUUGUUUAUUGCAGUACUGUUGUGCCCUCUGAUGAUGUUACAGUGGUUUAUCAAAAUGGGUUACCUGUGAUAUCUGUGAGGCUACCAUCCCGGCGUGAACGCUGUCCGUUCACACUCAAGCCUAUCUCUGACUCUGUUGGUGUGUUUUUACAACUGCAAGAAGAGGAUCGGGGAAUUGACAGAGUUGCCGUCUAUUCACCAGAUGGCGUUCGUGUUGCUGCUUCAACAGGGAUAGAUCUCCUCCUCCUUGAUGACUUUAAGCUGGUCAUUAAUGACUUAACAUAUCAUGUACUACCACCAAAAAGAGACCUCUUAAGUCAUGAAAAUGCAGCAACGUUGAAUGAUGUAAAGACAUUGGUCCAGCAGCUAUAUACCACACUGUGCAUUGAGCAGCACCAGUUAAACAAGGAGGAGCUUAUGGAAAGACUAGAGGAUCUCAAAGAGCAUCUGGCUCCCCUGGAAAAGGUAAGAAUUGAGAUUAGCAGAAAAGCUGAGAAGAGGACCACUUUGGUGCUAUGGGGUGGCCUUGCCUACAUGGCCACACAGUUUGGCAUUUUGGCCCGGCUUACCUGGUGGGAAUAUUCCUGGGACAUCAUGGAGCCGGUCACCUACUUCAUCACUUAUGGAAGUGCCAUGGCAAUGUAUGCAUGUUUUGUAAUGACACGCCAGGAGUAUGUUUAUCCAGAAGCCAGAGACAGAUAAUACUUAUUAUUUUUCCAUAAAGGAGCCAAAAAGUCACGUUUUGACCUAGAGAAAUACAAUCAACUCAAGGAUGCAAUUGCUCAGGCAGAAAUGGACCUUAAGAGACUGAGAGACCCAUUACAAGUACAUCUGCCUCUCCAACAAAUUGGUGAAAAAGAUUGAUCUGCAAAGAGCCUCUGAAUCCCAGCAGAAGGAACACGUGUUUGCCUUUUUAAUUAAAGCAUUGCAGGUGGAAGCUGGGAACCAUGUGGGGGUAGAGCGUUUUUACCUUUAAUUAUAAAACAAAAACAGAAAGGAUCUGAGGGAAGAAGGGAGUGUUAAAACCUGAGGAUCAGGCAUUGUGGAAUAUAAGAUCAAAGGGCUUAGUGAAUAUUGUCUUAACCAAGUAUCUCACUUUCUGGAUAAAAAUGAUGCAGUUAUAUAGUCGAGAGAUUCAUAAAGAGAAAGUGACGCUGGGGGUGUUUGUUUCUUGCAUCUUCUCUGCAGAGUCAGCAAAACAGUAACACACCAGCACCCCACUCUGCUCUAUUUUUUUUUUAAUUUAACUUUCCCUAUUUUUGACAUAGGAGUAAAUAAAUAUACCAGAAAAGCAGAUUCUCAUGAUAUGUGGAUGGCAAUCUGAGUGCAUAUCAUUAGCAUUUAUUUUAAAUCGGACCCAGUCUCUGCAGAGUUACCAGGAAUCUCUCCCUCCUGCACCCCUUUACUGACCACCUACCUGUUCCUCUUGGCUACACUCAUUUUUUUCCAUUUGAUAAUUGGAACCAACUUACAACUGUUUAAUAAUUGAUACUUUAUCUCUUAAUACUUUCUUAAAUGUCUGUAUAGCCCAGUGCUCUGGAUCAGUGUCUAAAAAUUAUUGGCAACACUGCAUGAGGUUGUUGGUUUGAUUUUGUUUUUCUAUUAAUUAGUCUUUCACAGGAGGAAAAUUUGCCCUCCUUUAUAUGCGUAUCUAUUGAUAAUCCCCUCUCCCUCCACUACAUAAGUCAGAGAGAGGAGGGGUGUUCAGCUGUUCUACCAAAUCAGGAAGAUGUAAGGUUUACAAACUGGCUAAAAAUCAUGGCUCUGUAGCCAUUUCAACCCAAAUAAUUUUAUUGCUAAUCUGCUUGUGUGACAGCAUUCCAGGCCAGCCAGAUGGCACUGCCUUGUCUGGAGGCUUUGUUCAUCUCAAAGGACACACACUUCCACACUGUUUGGGAGUCCUCACACCUCCACAACUUCAGUUGUUGUAAAUCAAGUGUGUGGAUCUCAAAGGGUGCAAAUAUCUUUAUACAGGAAUACAGUUCUAGGGCUUCCUUCAGCCUACUCUCUUCACCCUAUAUUUUCUUAUCUUAAACUGAGAGAAAGAAAAUUAAUCUUUUACUUUGUCAAAACGUUUUAUACCAUAUUUCCAGAUGACAUCUGCGCUUGAA